AUGUUAAAACACUUAAUAAAUAUAUACAAUUUCAUACACUAUAUGAUGAGGUUUGCAACUGUAGUGUUCAUAAUAUUGGGAGUUUGGGCUAAUUCUCAAGCCAUAUUGUCUCGCACGUUGCAUGAAAAUGGCCUUAUCGACAUGCACGAACAAUGGAUGGCUCAGUACGGACGCACUUACGCCGACGACAUCGAGAAGAACAUUCGUUUCGAAAUCUUCAAGAACAACGUGAACUACGUUGAGAAUUUCAACAAAGAAGCCAAUCGAACUUACAUUGUGGGAAUCAACAAAUUUGCAGAUUUGACUAACGAAGAAUUCCUUAGUUACUUCACUGGUUUGAAGAUGGCUGUGGUCCCUUCAUCGAGUUCAUCUGGAGAAUACAACUCUUUUAAGUACGAAAACUUGACUGUUGAUGAUGUCCCGAGUAGCAUCGAUUGGAGAAACAAAGGUGCCGUGACUGAUGUAAAGAAUCAACGAAAAUGUGGGAGUUGUUGGGCCUUUUCUUCAGUGGCAGCAGUGGAAGGGAUUACACAAAUCACAACUGGGUAUUUGGUGUCACUAUCCGAACAACAACUAGUUGAUUGUUCAAGUGAGAAUAAUGGAUGCAAUGGUGGAUUCUUGGAGAAAGCAUUUGAGUAUAUAAUAAAAAACCAAGGCUUAACAACUGAAACCAGUUACCCUUACGAGGAUAGGGAUGAUUUGGCUUGUGAAGUUGGAACAAACGCAGUAGAAUUUGCUACACAGAUCACUGGCUACGAAAGAGUACCUUUAUAUAGUGAGGAGGCUUUGUUAAAGGCUGUUGCUAUGCAACCUGUCUCGGUUGGGAUUGAGGCAACAGAGAGUUUGAAAUUGUAUUCUUCUGGUAUCUUCACAGGUGACGACUGUAGUGGCAAUGAUGUAAGUCAUGCUGUUACGUUUGUUGGGUAUGGGACCACAGAAGAUGGAAACAAUUAUUGGUUGGCCAAGAAUUCAUGGGGAGAAAAUUGGGGUGAAAAUGGCUAUGUGAGGAUAAUGAGAGAUGUUGAAUCCUUUGAAGGUGUUUGUGGUAUUGCAACUGCAGCUGCCUAUCCAAUUGUCUAAGUACUAUUAUAUAAGUUGCAUUGAAAAAGUAAUAAAUUAAAAAAAAAAAAAAGUGUUGCUAUUUGGCUCAA